AGGAGAGGAAGGAGGAGCGAAUGGGUGAACAGACUAGCUGAGGCUCGCAGCUCUCAGUCUCUCCUCUGUGCUUCGCAAAGCAGCUUCUCUCGGCUUUCCCUCUCUCCCUUUCACACAUCGACUUUCAUACACUUCUUGCCUGAGCUGACGAGAGGAAACGCAGCAGCAGAGGGGCUUGCUUGCUACAACUCCUCCCGCACCAUGCUCCCCUGGAGAAGGAAUAAGUUUGUUCUGGUGGAGGACGAGGCCAAGAGUAAGCCCAAGAGCCUAGGGACCGGGCUGACCUACCACUCCAUCCUCUCCUCUCUGCUGCGCUCUUGUCCUGACUUACUACCUGACUGCCCCUUCGACUGGGUAGGCAGCAUCUUUCAUACCAAACGGCAAAAGGUGGAACUGAACAAAGAGGAGCCUGUUUACAAUGUGCGCUAUCUGGGAAGUGUGGUCACCAUCACGGCAAAGGGAGACGGCUGCACCCAGGAGGCAGUGGCCAAAAUCUGGGCGAGGAGCAACUACGGGGAACAGAGUGUCAAAAUGAGGUUAACAGUGGGAUCACAAGGCAUCCGAAUGAGCGCAGAUAAAUCUGGGAAAAAGAAACCCAUCCAUCUUUACUCUCUAAACAGAAUCACCUACUGCACCGCUGACCCGUGCCGGCCAAAAAUCCUGGCUUGGAUCUACAGGCAUCAGGUCAAAAACAUGGCAGUGGUGCUACGGUGUCACGCCGUCCUGGUAAGUAAGUCCGAGAAGGCCCAGGCUAUUGCCCACAGCCUGUAUCAGAACACCACCUCCGCCUUCAGUGAGUUCAAACGGCUGAAGCGUCAGAGUGAUUUCCGGCACUGCCAGCAGCAGCUGCUGGGCGAGGAAGCGGUGCCCCUGAUGCCCCUGAGGAGGCUGCUGAACGGGCAGUGCCACUACAGACCUCCCGCUGACAACCCCGGGAGCGCCACCCGCCUCUGCUCCAUCACAGAGGAGGACGAGGAGGAGGAUGAGGAUGAGGAGAAGGACAGCAAAGAUGGGAAGGAGGACGUGGAGGAGCCAGAGGAGGAUGCGGAGAAGCAUCAAGAAAAACAGAAGGUUUUUACAACAAACACAGACCCAACUCAGUUACUGUCAGAGUUGGACAUUGGGGACAUUGCUCGACUGGAGCAGUGCCAAAUCAACUUCGUCAGUGACGGGAACAACAACACGUUUACGUUUAUAACCUCUCUGGUGUGACUAUAAAGCAGUUUAAAGAAUAUGAUUCUGCAACACAACAGUAACACAUUCCUCUCUUUGUCCUUCACUGGUACCCCACUCAGGCUCCCUCCUCACCCAUCCAUGUAAUGUGAAGUGUUUACCAGAAACUUCUCCUACUACCAGGUGGUGGAGCAAAGGCAGCCGAUCGCUCUGUGGGAGUAAUUUCUAUUCUGGCCAGAUGGCUCAGAUGCUGGUUUGACAGUAGCAGUUUGAGAAACUGCGUGUUUACAAAGGAGGGCUGGUGAUGCACAGACUAACGACAGCACAAUGACGAACGAGGACAAUGGUUUCAGGAGACACGAGAGCACUGACACUGAGAUCACUGACUUGCAGGUCACAUAUUGAUCCCAGCAGCGAGCAGGAUGUACACUUAAAGCUGUGUAUACCAGCAGGGACAUUUACUUUUUGGAUCGACUUGUGAUAUUUUUUCAGGGAGGUUCUUUGUAAAUUUGCGUACGUUUUCUAAUACGACAAUCCUUACUGAAAUUCACAGUCACAGACUGACCUUUCUGAGCGCUCACAGUUGUCUGAAGUUUGUUACGGUUUUGCUAAUGAUCGCAGCCGACUAAUGAAAAAGGCUGUAAUUUAGGAGGCAAGCCAUUGAGUUGACAUGUUUAUUGCUGCCAUUUGUUAUAGUCCUUAUCAUUUAUGCAUGACAUGUCAGAAGUAACCUUUUCGAGCUGAGCUUUUGUCUUUUUUCAUAUGACAUCUCAGAUCCUCCAGCUUUUUAAAUGAACACUGUGAUAAACAUGUGACCAGGGCCAAAUUACAACUGUUCAUCCAGCGUUGUCUAGUUUAUGUAAUGCAUUUUUUUAUAUAGAUCUAUUGCAGUGCUGCCUGGUUUGCCAAAAGAAGAAAGUUUGCCAUCGCUGUGCCCUUUUUAGUCAAAUUUUGCUAAUGCAGUUUUUCCAUGAGCCCUUGCAAAAAUAAAGACGUACCCUCAAAAUUGAACACCAGUUGUUUUGAAUAUGACCUUUGCUAAUUUCCUGUUGAUGAUAUCUGUGCUUCUGUCUAAAUAUGGAUUGUGAUUGCUAUGAGAUGAAGCUAUUUAUUUUCCAAAUCCGAUGAAUAAAAAUUACCCUCACUUGGGUUUCCUUCUUGAA